AUGGUCAUUUCUAACAAUAACAUCACCAACAACAGAGCUGGAGGGCCUAAACGUUCAGUGGAAUCAAUUGUUGGUGGAAAUGGAAAUCUGAGAGGCAAUGAACCAGAUGAUGAAGAAGAUAAUAUUAUAACUAGGUUGAAACUUCGAUCAUCGACGAUGGCAUCGGUUGCUGAUACCAUGAGGAUGAACAACAAAAGGAAUAAAAAUAAUUUUUCAAAAAUUACUUACUUGAUAGAGAGCGAGUCUGAAAACCUCGAGGAUGGUUAUAAAUGGCGCAAGAGCUACUAUUAUUGCACUGCAAUUGGUUUCAAUGCAAAGAAGAGAGUGGAGCGAACAUGUGAGUCUGAUGGUUUUGUUUAUGAUUCUGAGUCUGAUUCGUGGAAGAGUCAGCGAGAUGGGAAACAUGUGAAACAUGAAUUAGAUUUAGCACUCCUUUAUGACAGUUGCCUAUUUAUGGAUUAG